GCGCCGCGUACACCUUCGUUCGUUACUCCGUUCCUUUGUGUUUUCGUGAUCGACGCGCGAGUUGAAAGUGGUGUAUGUACACCAGUAAAACGUUAUAGUGAGCCAGCGAAAGAAACCAACCGUUACCGGUCACCAAUAACAACAAAUUCCUGGGUUGCGGUUCACUUUCUACGGAUACCAAUUCAGUGUUCAGUGACGAGCAGCAUAAAAAGUCAGGAAUCGAACCGGAAACAACGACAAAGGAAACACAACAGUGUUUACGAACCAUUAAGGAUUCAUAACCUUCGCAGGUGCGGCGCGAUCGAUGUGACCAAACAGCUAUCACCUUAGAAUUCAGUUUUAAAAAAGAAGACAGCUCAAAGAGUGAUAGUUCUCCUUUUUGGAUAAACAAAGAGUUACCCAAUUUACGAUUUGGUUUAUGUUCCAACAAGUGGUGGCUAAGCUUAGAGUACGAUUUAACUCACGUACUUCAUACUAUUUCGUUCCCAUUGAAAAAAAACGUUGGUGCUAUUAGCGUGGGCGAACACAGGUGCUUGUGUUUCGAAGCAGAAUAAGAAUUUUGGGUCGCAUGCCCCUAUUGCUUAUAGACGAAGUCACGGUCGGGGCGAAAUCUGGAACACCGAGAAUAAAUGGGUUCGCGGAGGAACAGCGUCUCGCGCUGUUGCAUCACCGGUUCAAUGUCAAUGCGCGAGGAGUGAAAAUUUGAGCUUCCGGGGACCCGGGCGGGACUACAUGACGGAAACCUGUUUGACGUCAGUGAUCAGCGAUUAAACUGCGCGAGUGACAGUGUUUUGUUAUUAAUCCCAAAGAUGAUGUUCUCUAGGAAGUAUGUUCUGACUUUUCCUUUUAGUGCAGUAAAGUGAAGUGGUAUAUUCACGAACGUUUAUCUUAUAGUGAGCACGUGGUACCAGAAAUCGAAGCCUAAGUGAUGACGAAGACGGAACGAGACUCGUUCCUAAGGUUAUGUCGGGGCAUUACCUCGACGCGAAAAACAAGACGUAGGUGAACCGUGGAUAGUUUAGAGCCGAGCGUCAUCGGCUCGAAUUCACUAACCAACCUUUAAUCAAAUCGCCCACUUGCUGUCGCACAAAAUAUUAAACUAUCCAGCUCUCGUUGCGAAUCGAGAGCUGGUAGUGGUUAUUGUUCCAUUCGGAGUAAAAGGCGGUAGUUUUUUUUGUAAGUUCCGGCAAAAAUGCUACCAAGAAAAGACGGACAACUGGAGCCCUACGCCCUCGAAGAUAUGAUCUCUGAUCUACAGACGAGGAGGAGUUCUCUUGAUCACGAUGAGGGUGAUCCUGUGGAUUUGCUCAAGCAGAGGGAGAGGGAUUUGGUUCUUGCUGCGGAAUUGGGAAAGGCACUUUUGGAGAGGAACCAAGAAUUAACAAAGCAAAGUGAUGCACUUGCUGAGGAAUAUGCAACCAAAUUGGAGAGUCUGGAGCAAGAAAGGCAUCUUCUUCGGAGGAGGUUGGAAGAAGCAAGGGGGGAGAGUGAAGCUCGUGCCUUGGAACUCCAGGCUGAUGUGGAAGCGUUGCGGAGCCAGUUGGAGGAACAAAGCGAACGAGCAAGAAGGGCUGAACGGGAUCAGGCAACUCUGGUGGCCGAAUUAACGGCCCAGAACACGCGCCUAGCGGAUCAGUUGAGGGAGGCUGCAAAACAAGAAGAGCAGCUGCUCCUGGAAGUGAAGGUUCUGAGAGAAAAAGUCUCUGUCAGGAGUAACACCCUUCAGGAUCAUGUCAGCAGUCUUGAAGUACUCAGAGAUGAGGUCCAAUUUGUGUCAGCUCAAAGAACAGAGUUGGAAAGGCGGUCCCUGGAACUUCGGGAAGAGAGGGCCAGAGCCGUGGCUGCCCUCGAGGAAGCCGAAGAGAGGGCCGCAGCCUUGGAGAGACUGGGCAACGAAGCGGAACAUCGAGUGAGAGUGGCUGAGCGAGAAAGGGACGAGCUGGCGGCGACUUUGGCAGCGAUCGAGGCCGAGAGGAGAGGCAGAUCGGGAUCGAUUCAGAAACCGCCGAGAUCACUUCAGGCGGAAAUGGAAUGCGAGGAGAGCGGAAGUUCGCUGGGGGAGCAGGAAGACCUCAGAGCGGAAGUGACACGCGCGUGCAAGCGUUUGAGGGAGUUGUGCUCGAGACUACGAAGGGGCGAAGACGACUCGGGUCUCCAGAGCGAUUGCGACGAGUCGAUGCUCGUCAUCGCCAAUGGAGCUGAAGCUGAGGCAAAUUGUCCUGGAGCGUUAUCGGACUUGAUAGAAGAACUCUGCAGCCUCGUCCUACCCGGAAGUGGAGGACCAGGUGAAUUAGGCCUAGCAGUAGAACUCCACCGAGUACGAGAAGAGUUCGAGCACUCCAAAGACCAAUUGAAACAAACUCAGGAAGAAUUGAAACGACGAGGGGAGGCUUUGAUCGACACGACGAGCAAGCUCAGUGUCUGUGAAGCUGAACUUCGAGGUGCUCGAGAAGAACGUGAUCGUGCGAGGGGUGACAUCGAAAAUUCGGAACUCACCAAAGACGAUAUUCUCGCUCAGGCUUAUCAAAGCCGAGAUCAGGCCAUCGCCCGGAAAAAUAGGGUUGAGGUGGAGCUCGCGAGAACCCGGAUAGACGUACUUCAAGCCAACAGUCAGCUGAUGGAGGCGAUUCAGCAGAAAAUCGAACUCAGUCAGCAGCUGGAGCAGUGGCAGAUGGACAUGCAGGCUCUCCUCGAUGAGCACGUCCGGAGUAAAUUGACACCCGGGGCCUUGUCUUCGCCCAAUGGAGAUGGGGCCGAGAUUGUCGCGCCCACCCGGAAGAAGAGAAGCUCAAGCACCUCCAAAAAGAGAUUUGGACUCUUCUGAACAAAUGGAGGUGCUGUCUUAUUUAUUGUGAUUGAAGCAGAGACAAAGUGUGUACAUUUAAGAAGAGAAGUCGUUUUAAGUUUUUAAGUUUUCAGUACUUGGAGGGGGUAUUCUCGAUUUUCUUUAGAAAAUGUGCUCUCAGAAAAUUAAAAGGGAAAAUAGGCUUGUGUAUGAUUGUGAGUGAUUGCAAGUGAAUACAAUAGUAUAAAAAAUAUUUUCAAAGUUUGAAGAGUUUAAAGUGGUAUGGAAGUUAAUAAUUUCAAAAUAUAGCCUUCAAAAUUGAAUUUCAAACUUCAAACUUCAAACGUUCGAAAUUCUUCUUUUUUUAAAUUGAUACAUAUUUGAAGCUGAUAGUUGGUACAUUUAAAGUUGAAGAAUUUUGGAAUCAGAAAGUUUAGGAUAGAGCAGGGUGACUACCCGAUGAAUGAUUUUAAAUUCUCGGGUUUCUCCCUGGUUCGAACAAAUUUUAAGCAUUUCAAGAGAUUUUUAAACAUUGUAAAAAUCUCAUUGAUUUCUGACUUGAAACAGGGAAUUUUUGAAAAAAAAAUGCAUUUAUGAUUUGAAACAUCAGAUAAUUUUUGGUUAUCAUAAUUACAAUUGGGAUUGGGAACAGAAAAUUCUUUAGAAGAAUAAUAAUUCUAAAUUGAAUUCCAUUCAGUGUCUAACAAUCUCUGUUCCAAGUCAAAUAAAUCAUUCUUUCCAAAAAUUUCAUUUCCAAACAAAUUCAAAAAUUCCAACUCUAAUUUAUAAUUUUGUUAUGGAAAUCCCCUUUACCAAAGAGA